AUGCCCCCAGAGGUAUUUCCGAAGGACAAACCGAUCGAAAAGCCUAUACCUGAUCAGGCGGAAGCUAGAACAUCUUUGUCAUCAUCGGGAGACAGUUCGCCCCCAGCGGCUAUCCCAACGACGAUACAAGAUGCUGCCCAAUCAGAUACGUCCUAUUACAUAGAACAGAUCGAUGGAUCAAAAGAUGAGGCAGACAAUCGACUGUAUUGUCAGAAGCAGUUAGAAGAAAAGGGAUCAGAUCACUCCAGUAGUGAUUUGAAAAUUGCUGAAUUCACUGUUCAAAUGAACAAAGCUGAGGCUGCUUCACUCGAGGCGAUAGAUCUAGGUCGGAUUGAUACCGCUAGUCUUUAUAUGACAAUGGCUACGCACUUCCAGACUAAGAUUGAUUCAGACCGAUAA